AUGUCUGGAGUCCUCGAGGCUCUCGGCAUGCAGUUGGGAUGCCAAGCGCUCUGGCCUCUCCUCGAGAAGCUGUUCAAGCUUAUCAGGCGAAUGACGAAAGCUUUUCCCGAAGCAAAAGAGUUUUGGAAAAUAUUCAAGAGGCAGUACAAAACUCUCAAAGCAACUGCAGCGAGCAUUGUUAGUCGAUAUGAUAUCAAGAACACCAAUCGUACCUGGCUGAGGUCUAUUAACCAUAUUGCUGCCGAAGCUAAAAGCAUGUUUUGGGCCCUCAUUAAAAAGAUCGAGACUGUGUUGAGCAAGGAUUAUAUAUGGCGAACAAGAUGGGCAAUUGUCUAUUCGGGCUGCAAGAAGGCUUCCUUGAAAAUGGCACAGCUGAAUGAUGAGCUGUUACGUAUCGAGACUGUUGUUCGUUUAGAGUACGAGGAUGCACAACAGAAGAAAGCUGAGAAGGCUGAGAAGAUUGAGCAGGAGAGACGCCGGAAGGCCAUGAAAACUGGGACAAUUGUUGGAGGCGGGGUAGGCUUCGUUGUUGGAGCGGGAGGUACUGCAUUGUUUAUUGAAGCAACUCUUAAAGGAGCUGCCAUCGGUGGCAUUGUAGGAGCUGUUGUGGGAGCGGGCAUCGGUUUGGCGAUCAGUUGGUUUGGUUUUGAUGUGCCGGAGCAGCUCCCGACGUUAUGA